AUGUUUGUUUAUUUUAAUCUGAAUCUAUCUAUCUAUCUAUCUAUCUAUCUGAGUCUGUUUCUUUCUAUCUAUCUAUCUAUCUAUCUAUCUAUCUAUCUAUCUAUCUAUCUAUCUAUCUCAUUCUGUUCAUUAUCUAUCUAUCUCUGUUUCUAUCUAUCUAUCUAUCUAUCUAUCUAUCUAUCUAUCUAUCUCAUUCUGUUCAUUAUCUAUCUAUCUAUCUAUCUAUCUAUCUAUCUAUCUAUCUAUCUCAUUCUGUUCAUUAUCUAUCUAUCUCUGUUUCUAUCUAUCUAUCUAUCUAUCUAUCUAUCUAUCUAUCUAUCUAUCUAUCUGAGUCUGUUUCUUUCUAUCUAUCUAUCUAUCUAUCUAUCUAUCUCAUUCUGUUCAUUAUCUAUCUAUCUCUGUUUCUAUCUAUCUAUCUAUCUAUCUAUCUAUCUAUCUAUCUCAUUCUGUUCAUUAUCUAUCUAUCUCUGUUUCUAUCUAUCUAUCUAUCUAUCUAUCUAUCUAUCUAUCUAUCUAUCUGAGUCUGUUUCUUUCUAUCUAUCUAUCUAUCUAUCUAUCUAUCUAUCUAUCUAUCUAUCUGAGUCUGUUUCUUUCUAUCUAUCUAUCUAUCUAUCUAUCUAUCUAUCUAUCUAUCUAUCUAUCUAUCUCAUUCUACUCGUCUAUCUUGCACUUCAGUACAUAUCUAUCUAUCUAUCUAUCUAUCUAUCUAUCUAUCUAUCUAUCUCAGUCUUUACUUAUCUAUCUCAGUAUGUUCAUAUCUAUCUAUCUAUUUAUCUAUCUCAGUCUGUACUUAUCUAUCUCAGUGUGUACAUAUCUAUGUAUCUAUCUCAGUCCGAUCAUAUCUAUCUAUCUAUCUAUCUAUCUAUCUAUCUAUCUAUCUAUCUAUCUAUUCUGAUUAUCUUCCUUCAUUUACAACUUUCAUCUAUCUUUUUCCUUUUCACUUCAUUCUUUUUAACAUUUGUACGUCUUUCUUUCGUUUAUUUUCACUUUGUUCUUUUCUUCUUUCUUUUUUUCUUUCAUUCUCUCAUUUUUCUUUCUUUCUUUCCUUCGUUCUUUCUUGCAUUUUCACUUCUUUCUUUCUUUUUCUAUCUUUCUUUCUUUCUUCCUUUCUGUUUUUUCGUUCUUUCUUUCUUACAUUUGUACCUCUUACAUUUUCAAUUCUUUCUUUCUGCUUUUCUUUCUUUCAUUCUUUCUGAUAUUUGCUCUUUUUUCUUUCUUGCUUGCAUUGCCACUUCUUUCUUCCUUUCUUUCUUUCUUUCUUUCUUUUUUUCAUUUUUUUCUUUCUUUUAUUCUUUCUUUCUUUCUGAUGUCACACUUUCGACUUCUGACGAAGAUUAA